GGAAAGAUCAUUCAAACAAACAAACAAACAAACAAACAAACAAACAAUGCUGAAGAUUUUAAUUGUUGGCUAAAAAUUGCAUUACUAUAAAAAUACGUAAUCUAUAAACAAAUUUUCCUUGUGUUUACAUGCACAAACAACAGUUGAAACUACCGAGUUUUUUAAGUGAAUUUGUUUCAUGAAGCUAUCCUUGCUCUUGGAUCCACUAACAUCAAACCUACUGGCUCACCCCAGUGCAUAUACAGAAUGGCAAAAUAUAUAUAUUUUGACAAUUAUAAACCUUUAAGUUCCAGGCGCACAGCUUGUAGGUCUUGUAUUGGCACUACACCGAGUGCAAACAAAACCACAGUUUUACUAUUGCGUGAGGAGAGAAAACCCACAGUUUUACUUUUGCGUGAGGAGAGACUUCCAGUUAACUUAAAUAGUCCAACUACCAUCUCUAUUCCUUGUUGCUUAUUGUCAAUACAGUGUUUCUGGGUAGCUAGCAAUACUUGCUCUUCAUCUUUUCUCGCCCCGUCUCAACUCUUUCUCUCCAAUCCACUGUCUAUUAAUGACGUGGCUCUCCCUUGUGCCCAAAACCGGCGCGGCCCGCUCGUAUGACAGGGCGCCCUCAAGAGUCGUGGUAAUUUUUCCAUGGUGACAACAAGCAGAGUUCGACGUGAAGGACGAAAUCUUCAGUAAUAUUUACCGUUUUCUCUAAGUUUAAGACAUGGAACUUGUGCAUAGAUAAAGCCAACUGGUAAUUUUAAUAUAGCACUGCAAGCUGAGUUAUAAAAGAAGUCAUAAUGCCGGGAGAAGUGCCCAAAAUACCUCAACCCAGGGACCAUAAAGCCCAAGUCUGUAUCUGGGCAGACAUAGAUGUCACGCAAGCUGAGACUCUCAUGAACGCCACCUCCAUGGCAGAUGUCCGCAGCAUUCUAGCAGACCAGUUUAAGCUGGAAGAUCAUGAUGAGACGUCUUCUUCAUCCGUUCUGUUGGAUCUCUACUACUACACAGUACAGUUUGCUCUGGAUAAUGGCUUCAAUAAGGAGCAGCUUAGUGCCUUCUUCUCUAUCCUCAAGAAGACGCAUGAAGUAUGCAAUGAGACCCCAUUUGGUAACUUGGAGCAGACGUACAGCUACUUUAAAGAGAUGGUGCUGUGCCAUGCAGUUAAGCGUCCACCAUGGAGCAUCAACCUAUUCAGCCCAGACCAGGUUAAGAUCAUCACAGAGUACAUUCUCAAUACUUACUUCCGCCACUAUAAACUCUACAAGUAUGUCUUCACACCCAUGGUCAGAUUGGACCUGUCCAUUUCCUACGCGGGGAUGCCAGAGACUCCUGUUCCCUCUGAGGCUGGUGAUGUGAAUGGCGAACAAUCAGUGGAGGGAGAGCAGUCAGAGGAACAGCUGAACAAGGAGGAAGAACAGCAAAUAGAAGAGCCACCUCGAGAAGAAACUCCGGCUCAAAAGGAAUUGCGAAAGCUGAUCACAUCUCAGUUGAAUGAUGAAAUUUCCAGACUGAGGAAAUCACUGGGCGAGCAGAUCCAACUAAACGACGAGGUGCUUCAGAAGAAGUUGGCGAGUGUUGACGGUGGAGGUGCAAAGAGCGGCAAAAACUCAGGCAAGGCAAAGAAAAAAUGAUUUUUUACGAUGUUACAUUUUUUUGGGUUGGUAUUUCGGGGAGUAUAAUUUGAUUCCAUCAAACCACAACCAAGACGAGCAUCAGUCUGAAGACAUCAAAUAAACUGUGCAAGUCUUGCAUGUUUGGACCUGGUAAAAUGCACACUUUGUUUCCUUUACCUACUAACCCAUUCAUGUUAAAUGCACUGGACACCUUUGGUAAUUGUCAAAGAUCAGGGCCCAAUUUCAUA